GUUGCCUUUUUUCUCAUACAAGAAAGGUUUCUCUUUUCAGUUGAGAUAAAGUUGAGCUGAGAAAGUCUCAGACUCAUUCAGUGAAGGAUCAACAACAAAAAAAAGAAAACUAAACAGUGAAGAAAAAUAUCUAUUUUUUCCCUUCUUAUCAAUACCUUUUACCAAAUAAUAAUCGUCAUCAUCAAGUCUUCCCUUUUUAAACUUUCAAUUUCCAUUGAAUAACCAUGAAUUUUACAUGAGCUAAUUUAGAAAACUAAAAUCCUUUAAGAUGACUUUUUGAAUGCCAUGAAAGCAGCUAAAGAAGAAGAAGAAGAAGCAGAAGAAGAUAAAAAGAAAGAAAGAAAAAGAAGACAAAAAAAUUGUUGUCACGUUACAAGUCAUGGUUUACCCUCAACAAGAGACAAAAUUGUAACCUAAAGGGUUCGACCUUCUGCAUCAAAAUUGGGUUCGUCAAAGGCCUGAUCAAUGGUGAAGUUAAAGUUGAAGCUGAAGACUUGAUGAAAUUUAUGCAAACUUGAAGCAAAGUCAACCAAGCAAAAGUUAUUAAAAUUUUGUGAUUCCAAUUGUGAUUUAAAUUGUGAUUAAUAUUUAUUGAAACCAUUAACCAUUGCAAUAAAGUGGACUACACUAAUGAGAUCAAGAUGGAGAAAUCAUUGGAUUGUGAUGAACAACAGUUGAAAAAGAUUGUUGAUAAUUAUCUUACGGAUAAUCCUGAUUACAUCAAAUGUUGGCUAGCAAAUAAUGUUAACCUGGAUCAAGCUGAGCCUUGGAUAGAAUCAUUGAAACAGAUGACAACAAAGUCUGACCAAAUUGAACAGGAAAAGACUAAAGUUAAAGAAAAGGUUUACCAUGAGAAACAAGACUCAUUGUCAUGUUUACCUUGUUCAUCAACAAACUCAAUGAAAACUGAAUCACAUCAAGCAUCUUUACCAUCUUCCCCAUCAUCAUCAUCAUCAUUAUCUAAAUUACAAAAGCAGCAAUUACAUGAAAGUUUGUUUCAAGGAAAAGGUGAAAAUGAGGAAAUCUCUUCAAUUAGUGGAGAUGAAAAUGUUACCAAGUUGCCGGUUAAAGAUGAAGAUGAUAGUUUACUUGCUGAAUCUUACAUUGAAAUGAGUAAACAUGGACGCAACUCAGUUACAUCAGAAUUGUUUCAAGACAUUCUUGAAGGAACCCGAAAAUCCCAUCGACCCAGUCUAAAUAUAAGUGAAGCUGAUCAAUUAUCUCGCAAUGAAUUACGUGAACAGCUGAGAAAUUUAUCGGAAGAAGAUUUAUUAAUGGAAUUGAUUCGUGACAUUUCAAAUGAAUUGGACAUCAAUACACUUUGCCACAAAAUUUUAGUCAAUGUUUGCAUUCUCAUCAAUUCUGAUCGAGGCAGUCUAUUCUUGGCCCGAGGAAGCCGCGAGAAACGUUAUCUUGUGCCAAAACUUUUCGAUGUAACUCCAAGUUCAAUACUAGAAGAUGCUCUUCAAGCAGCCGAACAGUAUUCAAAGAUAUCACCCAUUCCUUUUGGUCUCGGAAUCGCAGGUUAUGUGGCUCAACACAAGACCUUUAUCAACCUUAAAAACGCAUAUGAGGAUCAUCGAUUCAAUAAAGAGGUUGACUCUGUUACUGGCUAUCGAACCAAAUCAAUCCUUUGUUUGCCCAUUCUCAAUGGACGUGGAGAUGUAAUUGGAGUCGCACAAUGUAUCAAUAAGUUGCCCGAUGGAUCAGGUUUCAGUCAACAGGACGUUGAGGAUUUUAAAAAAUAUUUAACCUUUUGUGGCAUUGGAAUUCAAAAUGCUCAACUGUUUGAACUGUCAGUUCAGGAGUAUAAACGGAAUCAGUUGCUGUUAAGUUUAGCUCGGUCUAUUUUUGAGGAAAACUCAAGUCUUGAAACUUUGAUAAAUAAAAUAAUGAUCCAAGCUCAAGGUUUACUUCCAUGUGAAAGGUCGAGAGUUUACCUAAUCGACAUAGACUCUCAAGAUGAAAAGAAUCAAAAUUUUAGUUCAAUAUUUGAAUCGCAAUCUGGAGAGGAAAAUGCAACCAAGUUAAUGUACAAUGAAACCAACAAUUCAUUUCGUAGUCAUGACAUUUACGGAAAACUUGCACACAAUGUUUUACUUUCUGGUCAGACUUCAAAUCGUAAUUGCAUCAAAAACUGUGAUGAUUACAUGGAAAUUGAUUCAUUGGAUGGUGCUUUCAUCACCCAGCAAUUUAGAGGAGCCAAAUCAAUACUCUCAAUACCAAUAUUAAACUGCAAUGGAAUCGUGAUUGGAGUUGCCCAAAUGAUUAACAAAACCAACGGCGAUUUAUUUAGUGAUGUAGACAUUUCCACUUUAGAGGCUUUCUCGAUAUUCUGUGGUCUGGGAAUUCACAAGACUCAAAUGUAUGAAAAGGCAGUCAAAUUGAUGGCCAAACAAAAAGUUGCUCUUGAAGUGCUAUCCUAUCAUGCAUCAUCGACAAUUGAAGAAGCAGCCAAUUUGAUUGACAUGAAAGUUGAAAGUGUUGAAUAUUAUGGAUUAAUGAGCUUUGAUUUUAAUGAUUUUAAUUUAUCUGAAAUGGACACUUGCCUGGCAACACUUAGAAUAUUCAUGGAACUCACUUUGAUUAACCGUUUUCACAUUCCAUACAAGGUACUUUGUCGUUGGCUGUUGAGUGUUAAGAAAAAUUACCGUCCAGUUAUUUACCACAAUUGGAGGCAUUCAUUCAAUGUGACACAAACCAUGUUUGCCAUUUUAACGAUUGGAGGAAUGUCCAAGAUUAUGAGUGAACUUGAUAGUUUAGCACUGAUUGUUGCCUGUUUAUGCCAUGACUUAGAUCAUCGAGGAACCAACAACUCAUUUCAAUCAAAAAUUGACUCUCCAUUGGCAACUUUAUACAGCACAUCAACGAUGGAGCAUCAUCACUUUGAUCAGUGUAUAAUGAUACUUAAUAGUGAGGGUAAUAACAUUUUACAAGAGUUGUCACCUGAAGAGUAUAAGUCAGUGAUAAACAUGAUUGAAUCUUGCAUCUUGUCAACAGAUUUGGCUCAAUAUUUCAACAAGAGAAGUAAAUUUCAAGAGUUGAUUUCCAGUGGCAACACUGACUGGACUGGAAGCAAUAAAAUGAUACUUGCAGGUAUGCUUAUGACGGCAUGUGAUGUAUCAGCUAUAUGCAAACCUUGGUCAAUUCAAAAGCGAAUAGCUCAACUCGUUGCUGAUGAAUUUUUUCAACAAGGCGACUUGGAAAAGACUCAACUCAACUCACAGCCUGUACCGAUGAUGGACAGGGACAGACAACAUGAGUUUCCAGUUAUGCAAGUAACAUUCAUCGACACAAUUUGUCUUCCCAUUUAUCAGCUUUUGAGCGACUUUUGGCCCUCCCUGGAACCACUUUAUAAAGGAUGUUUAGAUAAUCGCUCAAAAUGGAUGGAUAUUCAAUCGUCUGAUGAUUUGGACGAAGAAGCUUGACAACUUGUCAUUGUUUCAAAUGGCACCAGUUUCCAUUGAGAUGACCAAAAAGAUAUUCUUGUCUCACAUGAUAGAUUUUUAUUGCACCAGAUGAUAAUAAUGUCUUUGUUAUACACUUGUUUCUCCAGAAUGAUAAUAUUAAUUUAUCCAAUAAACUGUUGAAUCUUUGAAUUUAA